CGGCCCCGCCCCUGGGUCUCGCCCUGGACUUUCAGCGCCUCUGAGCCGCCGACCCCUCCCCCAGGUGUCCCGCUGGCCCAGACGCCGGAACCGCUCGGCCGGGUCGGGUGGGUGCCCGCGCGGUGUCCGACGUUGCCGGAGUCCGCCCGCUUCCCGCCUUCCCAGGAGCCGUCGUCGCGACGGCGGGGCGAUGCCAGGCAGCCGGCAGCCGAGGGUGCACUCCGGGAACCUGCCGCGCCCCGCGCCCACCAUGGAGCAGCCAGCUGGCGGCGGAGCCUGGGCCCACAGCCGCGCCGCGCUUGUCCGCCUGGAGCAGCUGCUGCGCUGCUCGCGCUGUACUAAUAUUCUGAGGGAGCCUGUGUGCUUAGGAGGGUGUGAGCACAUCUUUUGUAGUGAUUGUGUAAGUGACUGCAUUGGAACCAGAUGUCCAGUAUGUUCCACCCCAGCCUGGAUCCUAGACGUCAGGAUAAACAGACAAUUGGACAGCAUGAUUCAGCUUUAUAGUAAGCUUCGAAAUUUGCUACACAACGAUAAGUUUUCAGAUUUGAAAGAAGAUGCAUCUAGGACAAAUUUAUUUAAUGAUGCAGAAAACAAGAAGAAUUCAGUAAAAAUGUGGUUUAGUCCUCGAAGUAAGAGGGUCAGGUACGUUGUGAGGAAAGUUUCAGUGCAAACCAAGCCUCAGAAGACAAAAGAUGAAAAUGCUCAGCAAGCCUCAAUGUAUGAAUUUGUUUCUGCAACACCUCCUAUGGUUGUUUCUAAGAGAGCUAAAAAAGCUUCUACAACAUCUGCAAAAAAGCAACAAAAGAAAACUUUAGCCGAAAUCAACCAAGAAUGGAAUUUAAACAGAGAGAAGGAAGAUGAUGAACUUGAUCUCAAAGAAGAAUUUAAGGAAAAGCAGGUAUCCUUCUGUAGCCAGCCAGCCAUUAUUGGUAGUCCAAAAGUAAAUGGCGAAAUAGACUUACUGGCAAGCGGCUCUGUAACAGAAUUGGAAAGUUGUGGAAGCUUAACUGAAGUCUUCCUACCAUUGGCUGAGCAUAUAGAGUCUCCAGACAAUGACAACAUGAUUGAAGUGUCUCCUGAGAAAGCCUGUGAGAAUGAUCUUACAUCCAAGACGUCUUUGCCAUUAGGUCAUAAUGGAAAACGUGGACCUUGCAACAGACUUUCUAGUCCUGUUUCUAAGAAAUGCAGAAGCAGCAUUCCAAGCACCAGUGGAGAUGUUGUUAGGCAAACCGUGCUCUCAGAAAACAUAGCAUUGCUUGACUGUUCAUCACCAGCUUCAGGCACACUUAAAGUUGAUGACACAUUAAGGAGGGAAAAUGAUAAUGUAUCAGAUGAUUCCAUUAGUCUUUCACCAUGUACACUACCUUCUACACUGAAUAGUUCCAGUUACAGACGACUGAUGUCAAGCCCCUCUGCAAUGAAGCUGUACCCCCAUGGCUUUAUGGCCAGGAAAAGAAAUCAUAGAGGAGAAACUUUACUUCAUAUUGCUUCUAUAAAGGGCGAUGUAUCAUCUGUAGAGUACCUCUUGCAAAAUGGAACUGACCCAAAUGUUAAGGACAAUGCUGGAUGGACACCAUUGCAUGAAGCCUGCAAUCAUGGGCACCUGAAGGUAGCAGAAUUGCUGCUUCAGCAUAAAGCCUUGGUGAACACCACCGGCUACCAAAAUGACUCACCACUUCACGAUGCCGCCAGGAAUGGGCACUUGGAUAUAGUGAGGCUCUUGCUGUCCUGUGGAGCCUCCAGGAAUGCUGUUAACAUAUUUGGUCUGCGGCCUGUGGAUUGUACAGACAGUGAAAAUAUGAAAUCAUUAUUGCUGCUACCAGAGAAGAAUGAAUCAUUCUCAACUAGCCAUUGUUCAGUAAACACUGGGCAACGUAGAGAUGGACCUCUUGUGCUUAUAGGCAGUGGACUUUCUUCAGAACAACAGAAAAUGCUUGGGGAGUUGGCAGCAAUUCUUAAAGCUAAAAAAUGCACCGAGUUUGACAGUACAGUAACUCACGUCAUUAUUCCUGGUAAUGAAGCUCAGAGUACUCUCAAGUGUAUGCUGGGGAUUCUCAGUGGAUGCUGGGUCCUGAAGUUUGACUGGGUGAAAGCAUGUCUACAAAGAAAAGUCUGUGACCAGGAAGAAAAAUACGAAAUUCCUGAAGGUCCACAGAGAAGCAGGCUCAACAGAGAACAGAUGUUGCCUAAGCUGUUUGAUGGAUGCUAUUUCUAUUUUGGGGGAACCUUCAAACAUCAUCCAAAGGACAAUCUCAUUAGGCUGGUUGCUGCAGCCGGGGGCCAGGUCCUCAGUAGAAAGCCCAAGCCAGACAGUGACGUGACUCAGACCAUCAAUACAGUUGCCUACCAUGCCAAACCCAAUUCUGAUCAGCGCUUCUGCACACAGUAUAUCAUCUAUGAAGAUUUAUCUAAUUAUCGCCCAGAAAGGGUUAGGCAGGGUAAAGUCUGGAUGGCUCCUUCCAGCUGGUUCAUAAACUGCGUGAUGUCCUUCAAGGUGCUUCCUCUUGACAGCUGAAUUUUGUAUCAGAUGAAAUUUUCAAACUGAACUUGAACAUUUUGUGAGAAUUCAGCCAUUGCAGUUUGUUAUUCAUAUUUUUACAGAUAGGUAGAGUCAUUCACAUGUUUUUUUCUUUGUAUUAAAAAAAAUGCCAGAUUAGGAAUUCAUUCAAUUCAUUUAUCAUUUAAGUGCUAGGACUGCUUUUAAUAGCUUUUCUUUUGGGGGUUGAGGAUACAGCUCAAUGGUGGAGCACCUGCCUAGCUACAUACAAGGUUCUGGGUUUGAUCCCCAGCACUGCAAAAAUGAAUUUUUCCUCUUAAAACUGAUCUUUUUUUUUUUUUUUCUUAAUCAUGUCCUAUUCCAAUUAUCAGCUAUCAGAGAUUAAUGAGAGGCUAUCAGAACUGUUGGUUAAAUCUGUAAAUGAUACUGUUACUAUUUAACCUAUGAAAAAAGUCCACACCUGCCCCCAGCAACAAUACUUGACAUCCUUUAGUAAACAGAAUGUUGUCAAAUCAUUAUUCUGGCUUUAUUAUAAUGAGAAGAGAGUACUUAGAUCUAAGUGUGCUGCUGUAAGUGUUAACUUCUCUUUGUCUGCAACUGCUUUCAUUUUACAUCGGUUUUAAUUUCUUACAAUGUUCUUGGUGUGUUUGAGCUUUAGCCCUUUUUAAAAUCUUGUGUAUUCAUUAAGAAAUCAUGAUUUGGACUAUAACAGUAUUUUUUUUUUGCAAUGAAAAUCAAUAUUGGGCUUAUGGUACAUAUUUUAUCAUGUACAUUUACUUAUUGUUAACUAUAGCUGUUUACUAUAAACAUGUAUAUACUUUAUUACUUCUGUGACAUAUUUUAAUAUCAGCAUUUCUCAAAGUCUCAAUAGAAAAUUGUCCAUCAAAUCUCAAUACUUUAGAUUAGAAGCAGUCUGUCUGGUAGACCUUGCAAGGGAUGGAGCCUAGGACCAUGAAUAUACUAAGCGUAUGCCCUAUUCAGCUACACCCUAGCCCAGUCUUGAUUUCAUCAUAAAGUUUUUAGGUUGGUAGGUAGGCAGAAGUUGGAGAUGUAGGAGAUAUUCCCCAGGUUAUACAAAAGGCUGUAACAGUAAAUGUAGAGGAAGAAGUGGAAAAGACUUGCUCUGGAUACUGAAGUCAAGGCUUAAGUGUUGGACAGAGCGCAGCUUGAAAAUGGCCUGAGUGAGGAGCUUACUCUUUCUGUUCUGAAUGUUUUUACUCUGUUGUACUUACUAUGUAAAUGUACCGUAAUUAUAAUUAUUUUCAUUUUUUAAUCAGAUUCAAGCUUCCUUUUGUUUGCCACAAAUCAUUAAAGUUACUUGUGUUUCCACGUAUCUGUAUCUUUUGUAAAAGUGGCUUAUUUUGUAUAUUAAAGAAUUAGACUUAGCAUGACUUGUGACGAUAUCGUUUAGCUUUUUUGAACAUUUGACACUUUUAACUAAUUUCGAGUAGAACUAUUUUUAAAGUAUAUUGGCUAUUCUAUUACAUUAAGUAAAUUAUUCUGAACAGAGUGUAACUUUGAUGGUUUGGAUAACAUUAGUUGUGCAGUGAUUCCUUCAUGAUUCUAUUAAGUCAUGUGCUUGGUAGAUUUUCCACUUUGUUUACGGUGGCUGUUUACCAGUUCUGCCUGUACUUGUAGCUUUUUUCCUUUUCCCUUGUCUGCUGCCUUUUUUUUUUCCUUCUCACUUGCUAAAAAUGAAAAGCACAUAAAAAUUACUAUUUUUAACUUUUAUCUUAUAAAUAAUAAAAACAUUAAA